AUGGAAUAAUCAAACCAAGUUAACCUUAGGGCUGCUCCAGUUCUCAACAAAAAUAAGGAAACAUAUUUUAAAAAGCUAAUAAUUCAUACAAUAUUAGGAGGAUAUUUAAUAAACGAUGAGGAAAGCAAUAUUGAUUUGAGCUUUGGUUUUCACUUAUUUUAGUUACUCCUCUACUUUAUGUUUCCGAUUAUUGUCUUCAUCUGUGGUCUGAUGGCAAGCAGUAAUUCUGACUAUGUAGUUGGAGGCAUAAUUCCAGGAGUUAUUAAUUUAGUGAUUAACUUAAUUCUUUAAGUGAUAUCCAUAAUAUGGCAAAAAAAAAUAAAUGAAAAUCCACUUUUGGUCAGUGAAAGCGUUAAGCAUUAUUGUACAAUUGUUAAGCAUAAAUCACCCUUAAAUUUAAUUUACAGUGUAUUUAUUAUGGGUGUUUUAUCAUUCUUCGCUUCUAAUUUUAUUUCAAAGGCAGGAAUAGCAGUUUAAAUUCUCACUUUAAUCACUAGUUUAACGAGUUUUUAUUCCUUAGUUAGUGCGUCUCCCUCUGAAUUUUCAUAAAUUAGCAACAAUAAUAUCGAUUUAGGUAGGUAUUCAACGGCUCACAUGAGAUCUUAGUAUUUUCUUCUUCUCUUAAUAAUAAACUUCUGUCUAGAUACUAAAAGCAAUAAUAUUGUGUUUAGCAUACUUAUACCCUUACUUCCUCUACUAUGGGCAUUAGGCUGCUUAAGCAGUUUAUAUGUAAGUUUUAUUUAUGGAGUAGAAAAGCUGAAUCAAUACAUUCUUGGUAAUAGCGAAACAACUUCAAGUGAUUUAAGAUUAACAAUAAGUACUGCUAUUUAAUUAAUUGUAAUCUUAAUCAUAUCAGUUAUAGUUGCUAACUCAUACUCAAAAUAACAUCUACUCGACAGAGUAAAGCUAUCAACCUUGUUAUCAAGCAUUUUAGGUUUUAUCUUAAGUUGGAAUUAUCUUUUCAAACUAGGAAUAGCAAGUUCUACUAAAAGCAAAGAAAGCGCUUUGUACAUAUGGACAUUCAAGGUGAUUUUAUUAGCUUCAAGUAUUAUCUUCCCUUUAGUAUUUUCUUAAACUGAUGAUGGAAAAACUAUUUGUUUAAUAAGUUUGAUUGCAUUUGUAAUAAAUAUUAUUAGUUAAUACUCAUAGAAUGCAUACAUAUUUGAAAGAUUUACAGGAAUAACUGAUAAGUUUAAUAGAUUAUUAUGCUUGGUUCAGUAAAUUAUAUUUACAGCAGCAAUAAGUUAAGUUUCGCUAAGUGCUGCAUAAACAUUCUCUGAAUACGAUUUUACUUAAUUUGAUAAAAAUUAUAUUUUCAUUCAAGUAGUUCUAAUUUAUAGAUUAUUUCAUUAGAUUUAUACAAAUCCUCUAAUGACAGGAUUAAUGCUUAGCGAAAUUUAUAUUUACAGCGUUGCAAGAAAUGAAAAACCAUCUUUAAUUCUAAUUUACUCUCCUCUUUUGUACAUAGGAAACUAUGCUAUAAGCAACUUUUUAAAAAGAAUACUUAUCUGGCUUUAUUCAAUUAUUAAGAUGAACUCUUCCAAAAAAUAAAGAAUACAAAGACUAGGCCUUUUUAAUAUUUUAUCCUUUACAAUUUUCCUUCCAUUAAACUUAAUAAGUAUUUGCGUGACAAGCAUUUUAGAUAUUCCAUUUCUCCCUUUCUUGGGUUUGCCAUUAUAUUUUAUAGGUUUCCCUAGACCAAAAAGAUUUUGGCCUGAAGUGAAGCAAGUGAUUAAGAAUUCAGGAGAAAGUUUGUUGUAUUAAAAGUUCUUAAAGAAUUUUUAACCCUCUUUUAGUUAGAUUUUAAGAAAGAGAAACAUUCAAGUUGGUGAAUUUUUCUUGAUUAGAAUUGAAAAGUAUCUUGCUACAAUUUAAAUUUUAGAAAAUGGGUAAAACUAUGUAGUGGUCUAGCUUAGAGGAUUAGAGUCAUAAGAAAUGACAAGUUGUCAUAGCAUCGAAGCUAAUUAAAUAGAUAGAAUUAUAGAGGAAACUUAUGUUAAAAAAAUGUGUUUCUUUAAAGAUUAUUUAGGAUCAAUAAAGCCUGUUUAGCAAUUUAAAGUAAAAGCAUAUGAAGAAAAUUAGUUACAGUUCACAGGAAUUAUAACAGAUAGUGGAUUUGUUUAAGGAUUCAAAGAUAUAUUAUUAAAAAUGUUAGUUUAUUUUGCUAAUUAAGUAAUUUAUAUGCCUGAAGAUGAAGAAAUCAUAGAUAAAUUGCUUUAAAAUUAUGGCGAUUAUGUUCUUCACCAAAACUACCAUACAGAAAAAUUCCCAAAUUAAUUUAGCACAUUUAUUUAGUUUGAUCCUUUUUCUAAAAAAAGCAUGUACUCUGAAGCUAUUAAAAAAUUACAGUAAAUGAAAUUCAAAGAAACAGCACACUUUGAUAACCCAAAAUAAGCUAAUAACGGAAAAUCUGGAUUUAAUUUAGAUGAGGAUUUAGAUGGAUUUUUUAAGAGUAAAAAAGUUGUUGAUGUGAAACCAUAAGCAAACGAGAAUAAGCAAACUGCUAACAAAAAAAGCUAAGAGCCUGUUUUUAAUAUGCCAAACGAUGCAAAAAUUAAGCAAAAUAAUAAUAAUAAUUACAAUUAAAACAACGUCUUAAAUGAAGACACUUGGGGUAAAAAUAACGCAAAUAAAUUAGGAGUUCAAGUAAAUUAAAAUACAAAUUAAUAAAAUCCAAAAAAUAACAUAAAUAUUAAUAAUAAUCAGUAAAAACCAAAGAAUGAUUUGGAUGAUUUGUUAGACGAUUUAUCAGUCAAGUCAAAUAAGCAACAAAACUAUGAAAAAAAAGAAAUUAAGGCUCCUAUCAAUAACCCAUUUUAAAAUUAUGGAAAAAAUCAAGCAGUCAAUUACCAAGCUGAAAGUUAAGAAAAGAACAUUGAAAUGGAGAAUAAUCUUGCUUAGAGCAGACAUAUAAAAACUCCAAACGAUUAAUUCCAUCAAGGAUUUAACAAUAAAUAAAAUAGUGUAAAUAUAAGUGGAAAUAACAAUCUAAAUAACUCGUCAAAUAAAGAUUAUAAUUAGUAAGGAUCAUAAGCUCAUAGCUAGUUUGUUUCUAAUGCAAAUAGUGUAAUAGUUAACAACCCUCAGAUUUAACUAGCAGCUUUGAAUAAUGCUAGCAGAGUAACUUCAUAAAUUCAAAGUAAUGGAAGAGUUGCUUCAAUCAGCACUUAAAAUAAUAAUAAUUCUGAAUUUUUCUAAUAAAUCUAAGCACCUAUUCUCAAUUCUCAGCAGUUUAACAUUUAACCAAAAAGAGAAAAUAUAGCUACUCCUCCUCCUCAGUAACAAAACUAGUAACAACAAAAUAUUUAAAAGUAAAAAAUUAAUCCUAUCGAAGAAGAUGAUGAUGACAUAGAUAACUACCUUAAGAAAAUGAUAUCUGAAGAUGAUAAAAAAGUAAACACUUACAAAGAAUAAUAAAAUUAGAAUAUGUAAAAUGAUAAAUAUUACAACAACUAUGAUAAAAAUAACAACAAUAAUAAUUCACUUCUUCAUUAAUCGAUGCAAUAGGCUUCAGAUAGCAAGUUAAAGACUCAAUAAAAUCAUAAUGCCUAAAAUGUUUAAAGAUAGCUUAAUCUGUAAGGAGAUGAUAAAGACGAUAUAGAUAAUUUUUUGGCAGAUUUGCUUGAAGAUAAGCGUCCGAAAGCAUAAGCACCUCCAAUGAUGAUGCUCAAUUUAGAAGAUGAAUUAAAUGAUAGCUAAAAUAUAAACUAAAACUAACGCUUGAAUACAAAUUAAAAGAACAAUAUACCUGGAGGUAGUAAUUCUUCUUAGUCAAACACUAGAGUAAGUGGUGAGAGGUCGCCAAAAGAUAUUUCAAAUGGAAAUGUCUCUAAACAGAUGGAAAAGAUUUAAAAACUUGUUUAUCUAUUAUUUAGUUUAUUAACUAACGAUAGUAAUUUUGACAAAACUUAAAUUGAUUAAGAGCUGCUCUUUAAAAAUUUUAAAGACAGUCAUAACAUUCAACAAAUUAGAAUCUUCAAAAAUGCUCCUAAAAAUUUAGAUUUCACAAAAAUAUUUUUAAUCAUGAAUAAAUCAAUUCGUUAUGCUAUAAAAAUAGCCUAUGAUACAUUUGCCAUUAUGGGUUCGUUAGACGACAUACAAAAUCAAGAUUUACUAGAUUCAAUCAAAGAAAAUGAUACAGAUUGUUAAAUAGGAAUGGGAAGUGACCAUGAUUGGAGUGAAGCAAUUGAAAGAGAAGUGAAUUCAUUGUGGUCAUUACACUUUAAUCAUGCUGAAAGAGCAGUUAGCAUCUUCAGAAGCCACUUUAAAGAAAUCAAUUGCAAUUUAUUCACCCUAGAUGAAAACGUAGUGACAAGUAUUUGGUCUAAUCUAGUUUUCGAGCUUUAUUAUGCAACUAAUGAUGAUGAUGAAAGAUACUCAAUAUAGACUCAUGAACAAUUCUUUAGAAAUUUAAUUAUCCAAAAUUCUGAAGAACCUUUAGGAUAUGCACCAUUUUAUUCUGGCCCUACUUUAAUUAAAUAUUGA